UUUACACGCUAACAUGACGUAAUAAUUUCAAUGAAUUUAUUCACUGUCCGAAAGAACUUACAUGCUCAAGUGUACAGCAAAAGUUAUCGGAAGAGGUCGGAAGAAGAUCGGGUGAAUACAGUGUUAUUAGGUUUAGUUGGUAAAUGCUAAAGGUGAAAAAUUAGAAAGUCGAACGAAGGAAGAAGUAAAGCCAUAGAAAUUUUUUUGAUUAUAGUUAAUUAUCUGUGUUCAAUAUUCUUUUCAUAUGUGGAUGUUUUCAAUAAAGUGAAAUCUUUUGAUGAGAUAUAAUGCUUGAAGUUUCUCAACAAGCAGCCUCAGUCGCCAAUAAGAAAAUUUACAUUGGAAAUCUUCCCCAUGAUGUGACAAAAGAAGAUAUUACCCAACAUUUUGCAUUAGAUGCAACACCAUUUCUCAAAUCAGCCAUAAAAAUAGAAUUACCUUCUCGUAAGGGAUUUGCUUUCCUUAUUGUACCAGAAGCUUUUGGUGAACAUGUCAUUGGUUUUGAUGGAACAGAACUGAACAAUAACAAAAUCAAAGUAGAGUUAGCAAAAGACAAGACUUCUUUUCAAUCACAAGGCCAACGAUUUAAUGGUCGAUUACACCAUAGAAAUCCAAAUCAAAGAAGAUCAUUUAAUUAUACCUUUAAUCAUGACAAUUAUGACCAAAAUGGACAGUUCCUUAAACCACUUGUUGUUCCACCAAAUGAUUUGUUACAUGCCAUUGAUGUUGUCAAUUUAACCAAUCAAAUGUUUGCCAAUGAUAGAGAUUAUGUAAUUGCUCGAGCUCUAAGUGCUGGUAUAUAUAAAAUGGUUGUUACUGGUAACACACUUAAGAAAAGUCGAGUUGCUGUUACAUUGAGUAAAUCACGUCCAGGAUUUCUUUAUGCAGCUGUAGGCGUUCAUCCACAUUGGUCCCAAAAGGAAUGGAAUGAUAAUUCUUUCAAGGAGUUGGAAGAACUUGUUGAGCUUCCUGAAGUUGUGGCUGUUGGUGAGGUUGGCCUUGAUCUCAACAGAAAUUACUCACCACCAGAAAUUCAAGAAAGUGUAUUUGAAAAGCAGCUUUUAGUUGCAUGCAAAUGCAAGAAAACUCUGCUUGCCCAUGAGAGAGAAGCCCACACUAGAUUUAUGGAAGUAAUAAAUCGUCAUCGUAAUCAUUUGCAUAGUGUCAUUCAUUGCUUUACUGGUACCAAAGAUGAGAUCAAAACUUAUGUUGAUAUGGGCUUCUAUAUUGGCAUUACAGGUUUCAUAUGUAAAGAAACAAGAAGUCGACAAAUUCGUGAAGCAAUUAAGGAUGAAACUCUUCCACUUGAGAAAAUCAUAAUUCAAACAGAUGCUCCCUACAUGGUUCCAAAUCUUCCUCUUUCACAAUUGGAUGAAACAAGUCGUAUGUUAUUGAUGAGAUGUCGUGAAGGUCGUAAUGAACCAUGCACACUUCCUGUCAUAGUAAAGACGAUUGCAAAAUGCAUGGGAAGAGACGCAAAGGAAGUUGCCCGUAUAACGACUGAAAACGCUGCUAAAGUGUUUGGUUUGGCCGCCCAACUGCCCACACAGUCACAAUAAACUUUUAUUCUAUAUAUGCAAUAUUUUGUUAUCCAUGAAGUCGAGUGUUAAAACAAUUAGUGAUCACGAAGUUCAUUUGAAGUUGAAGCUUAUAGCUAAAAUGCUGAUCUUUAUUGUUGUGCUACAUGUUCAAUUAAACAUAGAUUAAGAAUAAUUAAAAAACGAUGAAUUACAAGUUAAAAAUUAAAUUGUCAUCUUCUCUA